AUGACGAUUCCGACGGUUUCGUACAAACAAUUUGGUGAUAUUUCCCAACCGGUAGCACCGGUUGGUACCAAGCGCUGGAUUGUCCUGUACAUAAUGAUCACUGCUGUACUGUUAACUACGCUCGCCUGCUGGAACAAUCUAUCGGGUGGGUCGUUGGUGGAAAUAUUCAAAGCAGAUGGGGAUGAUGUACCACCGCCCCACACACAGUACGCCAAGAUGGCACGCUAUCUGGUGCAUAAGGCCGAAUGGGUUUCGAUGGGUUCCCUAUCGACGGUGGAUGCAAUCAAAGGUUUCCCAAUGGUAAACAUCAUAUCAGUUGCGGACAGCGCACGGGGUGAAAAGUCAACCGGUGUGCUGUACUUUUACCUUACCAUGCUGGAUUAUACGGCGCAGGAUCUGCGCAAAGACAACCGGCUCACAGUGAUGCUUUCGCUGGAUCAGGACAAGUACUGUACGAACAAUGGUAUCGAUCCGAUGGAACCGACCUGUGCGCGAAUCAUGGUAUCAGGCCGAGCAGAUAAAGUCGAAAACGGUACGGAUGACUACGCGUUCGGUUCGCGCGCUAUGUUCAGCCGUCAUCCAGCAGCACAAAAAUGGAUCAAAACCGAUGGGCAUAACUUUUUCCUCUGCAAGCUGAACAUCACCCAAAUCGCCGUACUUGACUUUUACGGUGGUCCACACUACGUUACCGUGGAAGAUUACAUGGCAGCGGAUCCAGAUAAGAAGCUUGCAGCCGCUGACAACACCAGCAGCAACAAUGAACGUCAGAUUCCGCCCCGUUUUACGCCAACGCCCUCGACGCUCUCAACGGCUUCCUGA